AUGGAUUCUAGUAAAUAUGUAAUACCAAAAUUACCAACUACUCAGAAUGUAUUGGAUGAUAUAUCUGAUCCCAUUGUUCUACAAUUAGAUAAAGAGUUAAAAAUAAUAAAAAUGGAAGAUAUAUUGAAUGAUGCAUAUAGAUGUUACUGUAACAUUAAUAAAUUAAAAAAAGAUAUUCAUCAACAGAAUGAUUUAAAUGCAAAAUUAGAAGAUUUGAACAAAGAACUGGUCCAUAACAUUGAAAACAUGAAGAAACAACAA